AUGCCUUCUAUAAAUAUUCAAAUCAAUAAACUAAAACAAUUUAUUGGUCUUGAUAAAUACGAAAUUAUUUUUGAUUCUGAUAUCAUGGAAAUGAAUCGAUUAAGUUUUAUAAAAAGUAUUGAAGGAAGAAAUGAUAUUGCUAUAAUUAUAGUUAAUAAUCAUAAUCAUAUUUAUGGAUGUUAUCAAAAACAAACAAUAAAACAUGCACAAGACCUACCUGAUUAUGUGAAUAGAACAGAGUCUAAUUAUUGUAUUGAUCCUGAUCACUUUAUUUUUUCAUUAUUAAGUGAUUCAAUCCCACCAACAAAAUGGAUGAAAGUUCCAACACCACAAAAAUUUUUAAAUGGAAUUAAAAUUAUGAAUACUCUAGAAAUACUACCAACCAAUUAUAGUCUAUUAACUGAUUAUAUUUUCUCUGUGGCUCAUGCUUUUGGAUUUUGGAAUCCCCAAUUAAAUGAAGAAGAAUCAGCUUAUGUAUUCUUUAAACUAAACGAAGCAUAUGUAAAUGGUCCAACUCAUUUAGAACUAACUGGAAUAAAUCAAGAUAACCCUAACUGUAACACAUAUUCUAAAAUCACCCGUUUAUUAGCUGUUCAGUUUUACUAA